GCUCAGUAGUAUUGCUCAGAACGUCAUGUUGUUCUGCCUCAUCGCCGUUCUUAGCUGUGCUUUCCUGCCGUCUUCCAGUUCUAUUUACAUAAAUGAGGACUGCAUCGCCAGGAGGCAGCGCACGAUCACGUCCCCUUGGGGUAACUUCCAGCUUACGGUUUGGAAUCCCCCAGGAGGCGAGACGUCAGAGCCUCUGCUGACUCUCAUGGCUGAAUUCUACGGGAAAGACCUGCCUGACGACUACACGCGAGUGCUGGUGUUCAGGGAGAAGAUUGAGAUCGACGUCACGAGUAGCGAGUCGAGAUCAUUGACAUAUGUGAACAUCAACCCAAUAUUGCCAAAAGGGUGGCUGGACUUUCGAGUCGAAUUGUCCGACAGACUCCAGAUCUUCGCCCCUGGCUUCAAUUACCCCCUCUUGGACAUCAGAAACCAAAUGACAGUCGAGCAGCUGUUCAUCGAAGGCAGCAACAUUACAGUGAACUGCAAAGACCCCGUCGCCUGGGAGGUAAACGGAGAAGCGGAGUCCGUCCCUUUGGUGAGAACGGGCUGGUACAACCUCACAAUCCUCUCCAGGAGUCCAGUGUUCCCCGUGCUCUCCUUCGGUUCCAAGGACUUCGACCUCGGAUGGGAUGGGAAAGCCGUGGCGAGCAGGACUACCCAUGGCCUCCCGCUUCCUGCCUUCACUGAACACCACAUCUCUGUGAAGUGCGAGGCAUCUGAGCAAAUAUUGGAGUGCUCGUUGAUGAAGAAAGGGAACACAAACGAGAAAAUAGACACCGUUUACCUGUCACACAUGAUCCACUUCUUCACCAUAAAAGGCGACGCCAGAGAUUCCUUCCUGAUCCUUAUGGAUUCUCAACACGAACAGAUACAAGGACACCUCAGUGCCACCAUAGAGAACAGUAAUAGGGAACGGGUGCUAAUACAUUACAAGCGGGUCAGGGAGCAUGCAGCUUAUCGCGCAAACCCACAGUUAGGCAUUUUUUUAAAUCAUGCAAUAGGCAAUAGAGAUGGCAACAGGAAGCUGCAAAGAUUUACUCGAGCUUCUAAGUCUCAUAAUAAACUAAGAAGGCAUCUGAUUGGGUCAUAUACUCAUCACGGUUAUGGAAAGGUCAUCCGUGAUUGGUUACCCGACAGCAGGAGUAUGACUGGCUGUCCUGCUACUUAA